AUGCGUUUCCUCAUCCUCUUCCUGACGCUGCUUUCGGUUGCAGCAGGCUUCACUCUGCAAAAGACUGAUGGCACCACGAUCGAGCUCAGCGAUGAGCCUAUGGUCAUCGACGGCAUCUCCGAGGCUACCGGCGUCAGCACUGCAGGCAUUGGCAAUCCUCCGGCUGCUCUCACGAAGUCGACGCCGAAAUUCGAUAAGAUGAUUAGGUCUAUGCAGUGCUUCUGGGAUAAGGAUGCUCACGUCGCUGGAGUUGAUGCUCGUUCUGAGCGCCACUCCGACAUCGAAACCUUCUCCAACGUUGGCACGGCAGACAUCGGUACCGCAGACACCAGCGCCGAAGAUCCGCACUUGGUAUGGCACAUCGUCGUCCUAUUGAUCAAUUCGCUGAUAGCCAUUUAG